AUGGCGACAGACAAGAAGCUCUCGAAAAAGUCUGCCAGUGACAAGAAAUCGAAGAAGUCGACCAAAGCCUCGACCGGCGAUGCGCCAUCGACUUCGAAUGCUGAGGUUCCCCUCGACUCUGUUCAAGCCUUCCUCGAGCAGCAGGGCCUCAAAGAUGCUGCAACCAAAUUGAAGGAAUUUGAGAAGUGGCAGAAGACUGGCGCCUCCAAGCCACAAGAUGCGCCUGAGCCAAUGGAUGUCGACAGCGACAGCGACUCCAGCAGCGAUUCGAGCAGCGACUCCGAGAGUGCAUCAAGCAGCGAUUCCAGCAGUGACUCUAGCAGCGAGUCCGAGGCAGAAGAGAAGAAGCCGGUGAAGACGUCCAAGGCAAGCAAGAAGGCACCCCUCAAGAAGGCGCCUUCUGUGUCUUCCAGCUCCAGCUCCAGCUCCAGCUCCGACUCUUCCAGCUCAGAGUCCGACUCUGAUUCUGACUCUGAAUCCGAGGCAAAGAGCGCACCUACCCCAGCCAAGGCCAAGAAAGCAAAGUCCGUCUCCUCUUCUUCCGCAUCGUCCUCCAGCGACAGCUCCAGCGACUCCAGCGACUCCAGCGAUUCCGACGACGAGCCAGCGAACAAGCCUCUUCCCGAAUCCGACUCUGACUCGUCCAGCGCAUCGAGCGAUUCGUCUAGCGACUCGGACAGUGACAGCAGCUCCGAAUCUGAAGCCGAGAAGCCCACAAAGACGAAGAAGGUCAAGGUCGUCAAGAAGGCUGCAUCCGUGUCAUCUUCGUCGGCGUCCAGCUCGUCAGACUCUUCCAGUGACUCAAGUUCUUCCGAAAGCGAAUCAGAAGCCGAAACCAAACCGGCGGUGAAAGCCAAGAAGGUUGCAAAGAAGGCUGCAUCUAUAUCGUCAUCUUCAUCGUCCAGCGACUCUAGCGACUCCAGCUCUUCCGACAGCUCUUCCGACUCGGACGAUGAGGCAGCACCUGGUUCAGCUGAGCGUAAGGGCUCCUCUACCGAUUCAUCUGCCACUCUCCCAGCCGCCUCGCCUGAGCGAACCACCGGAGGGAAGCGCAAGUUUGAGGGAUCACCUACUGCAGACGAGCCCAAGGCAAAGAAGAACCACGUCGAAAACCGCUUUCAGCGCAUCAAGGCAGACACCUGGGUCGACCCCAAACUUUCCAGCAAUGCCUACGUUUCCUACGACUACGCCGAUCGCGCUCACGCUGACCUCAUUGUAACCAAGGGCAAGGGAUUCACAAAGGAGAAGAACAAGAAAAAGAAAGGUUCGUACCGUGGUGGUAUGAUCGAUACAUCGGGCGGCAAGGGCAUCAAGUUUGAAGACUGAAGGAACAGAGCUGAUCUCUUGAAAUAGAAGAGAGUAACCAAGAGAAGCUACCUUGGUUGAAAAAGUACAAAGAUCAGAAGAAGAGGGAGAGGGUUGCAAGGCAAAAGCUUUCGGAGCGGGACCGCAGCAUUCCCAAGGCCCUCAUGGCACUCUACGACCCGUCAGCGUGCAAGUGGAGCAUGUAAAAUGGUGUAUAUGAUAUGGUGCAGAGGAGUUUGGGAAAAUACAAAAGCUUCAUACCCUUCUUUAGAGGCCAGCGCUGUAUGGCAAUUUACGCGAAGACGUUGCAGGAGACGAAGACUUGCGUUUGGCCGUAUUGUAGACAUUGACAUUGAAUUGCAUCAUAAUAUGUUUCUUUGCGAG